UACCUGCCCCUCUCCUUCCCUGUCAGUGUCUGUCCGCCCCGCAGAGCUGCGGCACAACUUAGCAACGUAUUAUUUUAGCAAAAAUGAGCGACAAAGGUCUGUCAGACGAGGCAGCGGUAGCAGCUUGCAAAGAUGGAGACGCCGUAACAAAGGACUUCAUGAUGCAGCAGACGAUGCUGCGGGUUAAAGAUCCGGUUAAAUCCUUGGAUUUCUACACCAGAAUCCUCGGCAUGACGCUCCUGCAAAAGUUCGACUUCCCCUCCAUGCGUUUCUCUCUCUUCUUUUUGGGCUACGAGGACAAGAAGGAGAUUCCCACAGAUGUGAAGGAAAAGACGGCCUGGACCUUCUCCAGAAGAGCCACCAUCGAGCUGACACAUAACUGGGGCUCUGAGUCUGAUGAAAGCCAGUCUUAUCAUAAUGGAAACUCUGAUCCACGUGGCUUCGGACACAUUGGAAUCGCAGUACCAGACGUCUACGCAGCCUGCAAAUUGUUUGAAGAGCAGGGAGUCACAUUUGUCAAGAAGCCUGACGAUGGUAAAAUGAAAGGCCUGGCCUUCAUUCAGGAUCCAGAUGGUUACUGGAUUGAGAUCUUGAGUCCCAACAACAUGGUGUCCAUUACCUCCUAAAGCCUACGAUCCAACGCGCUACCUGCUGCAGUGUAUACAAGCCAGGCCUGCUGUGGCCUCACUGGGAGAGCAGAACACUGGGGAUUAGCGAAGAAUUAAGCAACACGUGCUGAAGAGCUGAGGGAAAACGGAGCGGGAUCACUUGCACAAUGGCAAUCAGUGUGCCCUGCGUGGGCUGGACUAACAUUGGACAGUUGAUAAACAACUAGAUUAAAUAUGGGAGUUAUUGCUCUAAAUAGCAAAUCCUUUGUGUGGCUGUUGGGUUUGUUUACCAUCAUCAGUUUGUAUGUGUCUUCAGAUAGUAUUGCUAAAAUGAUGUGGCAUUAAUGUGUAAUAAAUGUGAAAGCGACCGUUCAAAUAAAAUGGAUUUGUAAUUUCUUCUAGUUUUGAGAGACAAAGCAGAAAGUAACAGCUUUUUUUAGUCAUAACACUUAAGUUCAAGGAAUAGUCAGCAAACUCAGUCAAAGUGGUAAUUAUAGCAAGACACAAGAAGGUGACAUCAUCCCUCUCUCACAGAUUCACAUAGUUGCUGUACCACUACCAUCAAGAAACUCCCACAUGUGGUAUCAUGUUGAAGAGACGAAUACAAGCUUUGAUGAUCAUUAAAAAGUAAUGAUUCUAAUACUUCCAUUUGAAUUUUUUAAUGUAUUUUUUAAAAGACCUCUCAUAUAUCAGUAUGAACAUUUUCCCAAAAUUUGAAUUAAAUGGAAAACAUUUA